AUGUGUUGUCCAUUGUUUCAGAGUUUGAGUUCCAGCUCCAGGUCGAGAAGCGCCACACCGGAUUCGGAUUCAAAUAGCCCACCUAUGUCAUGGUCUCAAACGGAAAUAGCAGUACCUACACCAUUACCCAAAUAUACGGAUUCCAAUCACGAACUGAGAGUUGGGUAUUCAAAAAAAGACGUCCGUCGAAUGCCUAGUGCCCCAGUUCUACCGUCAAGAGACAUAUUCCGCAGGAGCAAUCGAAGCAAUAAUGGUAUCGUCGCUUCUGAGAGUGAUUUAGCAAAGCUACGCCCUCUGCUAUUCCUCGAACUUUCCUCCAUGUUUGACAGUGCUGGUAUACCGUUUCAUAAAGGAAAACCACAUAAACGCAAAAGAAGAGAAGAAGGUACCAUUUUUGGUGUUUCGUUGUCAACGCUCGUCGACCGGGAUGAGGCUAUCGCCAACCGCCGCGUACAAGUACCUUUGAUUGUCCAGAAGGUUCUCGGACAGUUGGAAAAACGUGGAUUGGGUGAGCAAGGUCUGUUGCGUAUGGCAGCCCCAAAAGCGAAAGUCGAUAAACUGUGUUGUGCUGUUGAGAAGUUUUUCUAUGCCAAGCACGAAGAAGCUGAUCAGCUGUUAGAAAAAUGUUCUGUACAUGAUCUAGUUGCUUUUCUGAAACGUUUGCUCAGAGACCUGCCCGGGUUAUUGCUCACCCACGAGCUGGUCAACUUGUUUUACCAGAGCUACUCUGUACCCGACACUGUGAGGGCUCUAAACCUAUUGGUGCUACUGUUACCUACAGAGAACAGGGCCACAUUGCGUGCCCUAUUGCAGUUCAUGUCUAAACUGGUCGAAUAUCAGCAAAGACAUGUCCUAGAAAAUAAAAUGACCGAACAUAACGUGGCCAUGAUCAUCGCACCGUCUCUAUUCCCUCCUAGGUCUGUGCAUUUGGAGAAAAAAGACUUGCAGUCACAUCUGGACCAGGCUGCCCGUAGCUGUCGUCUAACCGAAACUCUAAUGAACCACAUCGAAGAGUUAUGCCUAGUUCCUAACGACCUUAUGACCCAGCUUAGACAUAACAAUGAACUGUACCAAUGCAGACUGAAAGAAAACAAUAAUCCAGUAAGAAGGUUCCUUGGCAAAAAGAAAACGGAUAUUGUCACCAAAAAGAUCAACAAUGAGGUAGAUUAUCAAGACGGCGUGGUCCGCGUUGAUGCACCUCAAUUUCGGAUUUCCGGUAUUCCAUUGUUCUUAUCUGAUUCAACCACAGUCGGCGACGUUAUACUUAAGAUUGUGGAAGAAGCUGCUAAGCAAACAGUAACGAAAAACGGRCACAUGGCUAAAUCUGGCCGCAAGGACCUCAAGUCAAGGGCAUUAACUGAACUUGCUCCUAAUGGAAACUUGUCGUGCUUGUUAACAACUGCUGAUCCUGAUAUGGCCACUCGGACACAUUUCUUAUAUGAGACUGGUGGAAAUAUCGGUAAGGCGUAA